AUUGUCCUUUCUACAGCUGUAGACGAAUUCUUAUCUGCAGCGGUAUUACCGCAAGAAUUAUUUAUUGAUUUUAUAAGAAGAGAUUUUACUGAGUUUAAACAUCAUGGGAGACUCCCUAGAUGGGAGUGAAAACGCUCCUGAGGCACAAAACGUCGUCGCGGUAGAUUUUCAAGACUUCGCAAAUUAUCUACGCCGAGCUGCAACGGUACUUUUGCCUGAAGAUGAUAUUGUGCCACCGGCGCUGAACGCGGCUCUCGAUGAUAAAGUGAAUCAAGACUGCAUUAGAAAGUUCAUCGCCGAUCCGCAAGUCUCGUCGUUGUAUGUGCAAAGAUUCUCAUCAAAAGAAGAUGAUAACGAACAACCUACUGAAGGAGAAGAGGAGAAAGAAGCUGUCACAUACCAAAUCAGCAAUGAGGUGCACUUCACAUCUCCUCGUGUGGCUGCCUUUGUCUGUGUUAAAAGAGGUGCAGUCAUUGAGGCUGACAAGUCCAUCCACAGCCAGCUUCGCCUCAUCAACCUCUCCGAUGGCUCCCCUUAUGAGACACUUCAUGCCUUCAUAAGCAAAACCAUGGCACCAUUCUUCAAGAGCUAUGUCAAAGAGAGUGGUCGAGCUGACAGGGAUGGUGACAAAAUGGCACCGUCUGUGGAGAAGAAAAUUGCUGAACUGGAAAUGGGUCUCUUACAUCUUCAGCAAAACAUUGAUAUCCCAGAAAUCACUUUACCAGUGCAUCCUUUAGUAGCAGCUGUCAUCAAACGAGCUGCUGAUGAAGGGCGUAAACCCCGAGUAGCUGACUUUGGAGACAAAGUAGAAGACUCCACAUUCCUAAACCAACUGCAAAAUGGAGUCAACCGUUGGAUCAAGGAAAUCCAAAAAGUUACAAAACUAGAUAGGGACCCAUCUAAUGGAACUGCAUUACAAGAAAUCUCUUUCUGGCUGAACUUGGAAAGAGCUCUCCAUCGUAUUCAAGAGAAACGGGAAAGCAUUGAGGUGGCAUUAACACUCGAAAUCCUCAAGUAUGGCAAACGAUUCCAUGCAACAGUGUCAUUUGACACUGAUACUGGUCUAAAGCAGGCUCUUGCCACUGUCUCCGAUUACAAUCCAUUGAUGAAAGACUUUCCCAUCAAUGAUUUACUCAGUGCAACAGAACUGGAAAGGAUUAGACUUGCAGUACAGCAAAUCUUUUCCCACCUGCGCAAGAUCCGAUCAACUAAGUAUCCCAUUCAGAGAGGCCUGAGACUUGUGGAAGCCAUCUCACGAGAUCUCGGGCAACAACUUCUUAAAGUAUUGGGUACUAGAAGGCUAAUGCACAUACCAUUUGAUGACUUCGAGCGUGUUAUGACGCAAUGCUUUGAAGUGUUCUCUUGUUGGGACGACGAGUAUGAGAAACUACAAGGGCUUUUACGUGACAUCGUAAAGAAGAAGCGCGAUGAGCACCUAAAGAUGGUAUGGCGCGUUUCUCCAUCGCACAAGCGUUUGCAAGCCCGUAUGGAGCACAUGCGUCGAUUCCGCCGUCACCAUGAGCAACUACGCACUGUUAUGUUGCGGGUUCUUCGUCCCCGAGCCACAGUGGCCGCUGAACAGGCAGGCAGUGAACCAACUCAGCCUCACUCGCUACCUAUGGAUGCAGCUGAUGCAAACGCCAUCGCUGAGGUCAACUUGGCAUAUGAAAACGUUAAGGAGGUCGACUGCUUGGAUAUCUCACGCGAAGGCUGCGACGCUUGGGAGGCAGCUGUACGACGCUAUGAAGAUAGAAUUGAUCGCGUGGAGACUCGUAUCACUGCCCACCUACGCGACCAACUAGGGACAGCCAAGAACGCCAACGAAAUGUUCCGAAUAUUUUCUCGUUUCAACGCGCUCUUCGUUCGUCCGCACAUUCGCGGCGCUAUACGGGAGUACCAAACGCAGCUGAUACAGCGAGUGAAAGAUGACAUCGAGACAUUGCACGAGAAAUUCAAGGUCCAAUACCCUCAGUCGAAAUGCAGUCGACUCUCUUUAGUGCGCGAUUUGCCGCCCGUGGCUGGCUCCAUAAUCUGGGCCAAACAGAUCGACCACCAACUCACCGCCUACUUGAAGAGGGUUGAAGAUGUUCUUGGCAAGGGCUGGGAAAACCACAUUGAUGGUCAAAAACUGAAAGCCGACGGUGACAGUUUCCGCCUGAAAUUAGAUACGCAAGAAGUUUUCGAUGACUGGGCUCGGAAAGUACAACAACGUAAUUUAGGAGUGACUGGACGUAUUUUCGCCAUUGAAUCUGUGCGCGCCCGCUCCAGCAAAACUGGAACCAUACUCAAGUUGAAAGUCAAUUUCUUGCCUGAAAUUAUCACUUUGUACAAGGAAGUGCGCAACUUGAAAAACUUGGGAUUCAGAGUUCCAUUGGCCAUAGUCAACAAAGCUCACCAAGCCAACCAGCUGUAUCCAUUCGCUAUCUCGCUCAUCGAAAGCGUUCGCACAUAUGAACGCACCUUGGAGAAGAUUCGAGACAAAGCGUCUAUCAUUCCGCUAGUGGCAGGCUUACGGCGAGAUGUGCUCAAUCAAGUGUCGGAGGGAAUGGCGCUUGUUUGGGAGUCUUACAAACUUGACCCUUAUGUCCAGAAGCUAAGCGAAGUUGUCCUUUUGUUCCAAGAAAAGGUUGAAGAUUUAUUGGCAGUCGAAGAGCAGAUAUCCGUAGAUGCUCGUUCUCUGGAGACAUGUCCGUACUCGGCCACCAGUCUAGCGGAUAUAUUAAGUCGACUGCAACGCGCCAUCGACGACUUGUCUCUAAGACAAUACAGCAACUUGCAUCUCUGGGUCCAACGCCUGGAUGAAGAGGUAGAGAAGAGUUUGGCGGCUCGUUUGCAAGCGGGCGUAGAAGCGUGGACCAUGGCUUUGCUCGGCAAAAUCAAUGAGCUAGAUCUAUCUAUGGACACUUACUCACCCGCAGAACCCACCCAUAAGCCUGGCGGUGAACCUCAGAUCGCUCGCGUAGUCCACGAGGUGCGCAUCACGAACCAACAGAUGUACCUAUUCCCGUCACUAGAAGAAGCACGCUUCCAAUUAAUGCGGCAAAUGUUCGCCUGGCAGGCAGUCGUCACGUCGCAACAUCGACUGCAAAGCACCAGAUACCAAGUGGGCGUGUCUCGCGCACAAACCGCAACAUACAGAAACCUAUUAACCAAGUUGCCGGGCGGGUCUUCUCCGCUCGAAAACGCUUACGACGCCAUUGAGCAAAAGAUUUCCCAGGUCCGAGAAUACGUCGAUGAGUGGCUACGCUACCAAGCCCUGUGGGAUCUGCAACCAGAAAGUCUUUAUGGACGACUCGGCGAAGACAUCACCUUAUGGAUCAAAUGCUUGAAUGACAUCAAAAAAUCUCGCACUACAUUCGACACGUCGGACACUCGUCGCGAAUACGGGCCAGUGGUGAUUGACUUCGCCCGCGUUCAAAGCAAAGUCGCCCUUAAGUACGACGCGUGGCAUAAAGAAGUGUUAGGCAAAUUCGGUGCCCUACUCGGUGGAGAAAUGGUGCAGUUCCAUUCGCAGCUUGCUAAGUCACGUAGCCAGCUCGAGCAACAAACUAUAGAAGCAGCUUCGACCAGUGAUGCUGUGUCUCUGAUUACAUACGUGCAGCAGUUGAAGAGAGAAGUACUUGCGUGGGAGAAACAAGUCGAUGUGUAUCGCGAAGCCCAACGUAUUCUCGAAAGACAAAGAUUCCAGUUUCCAGCUCAAUGGCUGCACGUUGAUAAUAUCGAAGGGGAAUGGAGCGCUUUCAACGAAAUCAUGCGUAGAAAGGAUUCGUCUAUCCAAACCCAAGUGGCUUCGUUGCAACAAAAGAUUGUAGCUGAAGACAAAGCCGUAGAGGCGCGUACGUUAGAGUUCCUAGGCGAAUGGGAACGCAGCAAGCCCACUGACGGCUCCACCCGGCCUGAAGAUGCCUUAGCAAGAUUACAGGCUAUGGAAACGCGUUAUACUCGGCUUAAAGACGAAAGGGAUAACGUCGCCAAGGCAAAGGAGGCACUCGAACUACACGACACAGGUACUUCUGUAAACAAUGAACGUAUGACGGUGGCAUUGGAGGAAUUGCAAGACUUGCGUGGCGUAUGGUCGUCACUUAGCAAGAUCUGGACCCAAAUAGAUGACAUCAGGGAGAAACCCUGGCUCUCUGUGCAGCCUAGGAAACUAAGACAACAACUAGAGGCCAUGCUCAACGAAUUGAAAGAGCUUCCGGCCCGCCUUCGUAUGUACGACAGCUACGAAUACGUGCGCAGACUACUGCAAUCAUACACCAAGGUGAACAUGUUAAUAGUGGAACUUAAAUCGGAUGCAUUGAAGGAGCGUCAUUGGCGCCAACUAUGUAGGGCACUGAAAGUAGACUGGUCUCUGUCGGAACUGACGUUAGGCCAAGUUUGGGACGCCGAUUUGUUGCAUAACGAGCACACUGUCAAGGAUGUCGUCUCCGUCGCGCAGGGUGAAAUGGCCCUUGAAGAGUUUUUGAAACAGGUCCGUGAGUCAUGGCAGAGCUACGAAUUAGACUUGAUCAACUACCAGAACAAGUGCAAAAUCAUACGUGGUUGGGACGAUCUCUUUAACAAAGUGAAAGAGCACAUCAACAGUGUCGCAGCGAUGAAGCUCUCCCCUUAUUAUAAGGUUUUUGAAGAAGAAGCUCUCACUUGGGAAGAGAAAUUGAACCGUAUCAACGCGCUAUUCGACGUGUGGAUCGACGUACAACGCCGCUGGGUUUAUCUCGAGGGCAUAUUCAGUGGUUCGGCUGACAUCAAGACGCUGCUGCCGGUUGAAACCAGUCGAUUUCAGAGUAUCAGCUCUGAAUUCCUGGGGCUAAUGAAGAAAGUGGGCAAGUCGCCUAUGGUUAUGGACGUCCUAAACAUCCCCGGAGUGCAGCGAUCAUUGGAGAGAUUAGCAGAUUUACUCGGCAAAAUACAGAAGGCGCUCGGAGAAUACUUGGAACGAGAGAGAAGCAGUUUCCCACGCUUCUACUUCGUGGGUGACGAGGAUUUGCUGGAAAUCAUCGGAAACAGCAAGAACAUCGCCCGACUCCAGAAACACUUCAAAAAGAUGUUUGCCGGCGUCGCCGCCAUCAUACUUAACGAAGACAACACUGUCAUUAACGGCAUUGCAUCCAGAGAGGGGGAAGAAGUGUACUUCAUGUCCCCUGUUUCCACCAUAGAAAACCCGAAGAUCAACUCAUGGUUGUCUAUGGUCGAGCGUGAAAUGCGCGUUACUUUGGCUUGCCGUUUGAAGGACGCCGUGGGCGAUGUGAAACAGUUCAAGGACGGAAAUGUGGACCCGCAGAAGUUUAUCGAGUGGUGUGACAAGUAUCAAGCUCAAAUAGUAGUAUUGGCCGCACAAAUCCUUUGGUCUGAAGACGUAGAAGCAGCCUUAGCCAGCGGUGGCGGCGAAGGCCUCAAGCGAGUUCUGGCCCACGUGGAGAACAUGCUCAAUAUCCUCGCCGAUUCCGUGCUUCAAGAACAACCACCGCUUAGAAGGAAGAAAUUGGAACACUUGAUUAACGAGUUCGUUCAUAAACGUACGGUGACGCGGCGACUGAUUGCAUCGGACGUAAACAGCCCGCGCAGCUUCGAGUGGCUCUGCGAAAUGAGAUUCUAUUUCGACCCCAGAAACAACGAUGUGUUAGAACAACUGACCAUCCACAUGGCGAACGCUAAAUUCCUUUACGGGUUCGAAUACCUUGGCGUGCAAGAUCGUCUCGUCCAGACACCGUUAACAGACCGCUGCUAUCUCACCAUGACACAAGCCCUGGAGGCCAGACUUGGAGGAUCGCCGUUCGGUCCCGCCGGUACUGGCAAGACGGAAUCUGUGAAAGCUCUAGGAAACCAGCUGGGAAGAUUCGUCCUCGUGUUUAACUGCGACGAGACCUUCGACUUUCAGGCUAUGGGCCGCAUCUUCGUCGGUCUAUGCCAGGUGGGAGCCUGGGGCUGCUUCGACGAGUUUAAUCGUCUGGAAGAGAGAAUGUUAUCUGCUGUGUCACAGCAAGUCCAGACAAUACAAGAAGCGCUAAAAAGCCAUCAGGAAGGCGACAAUACUAGCAAAUCCAUAACAGUGGAACUUGUUGGCAAACAAGUGCGGGUGAGCCAAGACAUGGCCAUCUUCAUCACCAUGAACCCUGGGUACGCGGGCCGCUCCAACCUGCCCGACAACCUGAAGAAGCUGUUCCGUAGCUUGGCCAUGACCACGCCCGACCGCCAGCUCAUCGCCGAAGUGAUGCUGUUCAGCCAGGGCUUCAGGACCGCGGAGAAGCUAGCCUGCAAGAUAGUGCCGUUCUUCAAACUUUGUGAUGAGCAACUAUCAAAUCAAUCCCACUACGACUUCGGCUUGCGUGCUCUGAAAUCCGUGCUAGUCUCCGCCGGUAAUGUGAAGCGCGAUCGUAUACAGAAAAUCAAGGAGAACCUCGUAGAACGCGGUACAGAAGUGCCAGACGAGGCGUCCAUAGCGGAGUCGUUACCAGAGCAAGACAUCUUGAUCCAAUCAGUGUGUGAGACUAUGGUGCCCAAGCUGGUCGCCGAAGAUAUUCCAUUGCUGUUCUCUCUGCUCAACGAUGUGUUCCCCAACGUGGGCUACACCAGGGCUGAGAUGACAGGUUUAAAGAACGAAAUCCGCGCAGUUUGCGCCGAAGAUUUCCUCGUCUGCGGAGAAGGUGAUGAACAAGGUUCAACAUGGAUGGAAAAGGUACUGCAGUUGUACCAGAUUUGCAAACUCAACCACGGUCUAAUGAUGGUUGGGCCAUCUGGAAGUGGCAAAUCGACCGCCUGGCGUGUCUUAUUGAAAGCUUUAGAGAGGUUUGAAGGUGUAGAAGGAGUGGCGCACGUCAUUGAUCCAAAAGCAAUGUCGAAGGAAACUUUGUAUGGUGUACUGGAUCCUAACACCCGCGAAUGGACGGACGGUCUGUUUACUCACAUCCUAAGGAAAAUCAUCGACAACGUACGUGGUGAAAUCAACAAGCGUCAAUGGAUCAUCUUCGACGGUGACGUAGAUCCCGAAUGGGUAGAGAACUUGAACUCUGUGCUCGAUGACAACAAACUGCUGACGUUGCCCAACGGUGAGCGUCUAUCAUUGCCGCCCAACGUCCGUGUCAUGUUUGAGGUGCAAGACUUGAAGUACGCCACCUUAGCCACAGUGUCGCGUUGCGGCAUGGUCUGGUUCUCACAAGACGUUCUUACCACCGAGAUGAUCUUCGAAAACUAUCUUAUGAGACUCAAGAACAUCCCUCUUGAGGACGGCGAAGAAGAUUCCUUCAGCAUAGUAAUGGCAGCUCCCACUGCAGGUGGUGAUCAAAACGCUACUGAAAAUAUACUUUCCCCAGCUCUUCAGACGCAACGAGACGUAGCGUCGAUACUCCAGCCGCUAUUCUUCAGCGACGGUCUAGUCGUAAAGUGUUUAGAACGCGCCGCCUCGCUCGACCACAUAAUGGACUUCACUCGGCACCGAGCGCUCUCCUCGCUGCAUUCGAUGCUCAACCGAGGCGUCAGGAAUAUUCUAGGCUACAACCGACAACACCCUGACUUCCCCGUCACGAACGAGCAACUAGAGGCCUACGUACCCAAGUGGCUUGUAUACUCCUUACUGUGGUCGUUCGCUGGUGACGCUAAAUUAAAGGACCGCAAUGAACUUGGGGAUUUCAUCAGAUCUGCCAGCACAAUGCAGCUUCCUAAUUGCGGUCCCAAUCAACAUAUUAUUGAUUUUGAGGUAUCUAUCACCGGUGAAUGGGUAGCGUGGUCCGCUAAAGUACCGCAGAUAGAAGUGGAGACCCACAAAGUGGCCGCACCCGACGUGGUAGUGCCCACUCUGGACACCGUGCGACACGAAGCACUGCUGUACACCUGGCUCGCAGAGCACAAGCCGUUAGUGCUAUGCGGUCCACCUGGUUCCGGAAAGACUAUGACCCUAUUCUCGGCGUUACGAGCCCUACCCGAUAUGGAGGUGGUUGGGCUCAACUUCUCAUCAGCCACUACGCCUGAACUUUUACUCAAGACCUUCGAUCACUACUGCGAGUAUAGGAAGACUCCUAAUGGUGUGGUGCUGGCACCAGUACAGCUUGGCAAAUGGUUGGUGUUGUUCUGUGACGAGAUCAACUUGCCAGAUAUGGAUCAGUACGGCACGCAACGUGUCAUAUCUUUCUUGAGGCAACUACUAGAGCACAAAGGAUUCUACAGGGCUAGCGAUCACUCGUGGGUACACCUGGAACGGAUCCAAUUCGUGGGCGCGUGUAAUCCGCCUACAGACCCUGGUCGUAAGCCUUUGUCGCAUCGGUUACUGCGGCACGUACCCGUCAUAUAUGUGGACUACCCCGGCGAGACCUCGCUCGAACAGAUUUACGGCACAUUCACGCGAGCGAUGCUGAGAAUGCAGCCGGCGCUACGCGGAUACGCGGAACCUUUAACGCAAGCGAUGGUGCGACUAUACCUCGCAUCCCAGGAGAGAUUCACGCAGGACAUGCAGCCGCACUACGUUUACUCGCCGCGAGAGAUGACGCGAUGGGUGCGCGGCAUCUGCGAAGCCAUUAGACCUCUGGACAACUUAUCCGUGGAGGGUCUCGUCCGUUUGUGGGCGCACGAAGCUCUGCGCUUGUUCCAAGACCGUCUCGUGGAAGACUCGGAGAGGCAAUGGACCGACGAAAAUAUCGAUACUGUGGCGAUGAGAUUCUUCCCAGGAAUCAACAGAGAGCAAGCGUUAGCGCGUCCCAUACUAUACAGCAACUGGCUUAGCAAGGACUACGUUCCUGUGCAGAGAGAUCAACUACGCGAAUAUGUCAAAGCCAGACUAAAGGUAUUCUAUGAAGAAGAGUUGGAUGUACCCCUCGUACUGUUCGACGAAGUAUUGGAUCACGUGCUUCGUAUCGACCGUAUAUUCCGCCAACCUCAGGGGCAUUUACUGCUCAUCGGAGUUUCUGGGGCGGGCAAGACUACCCUAAGUCGCUUCGUCGCUUGGAUGAACGGACUCAGCAUCUUCCAGAUCAAGGUGCACAACAAAUACACGGGUGCCGAUUUCGACGAGGAUUUGCGUACCGUAUUGCGGCGAUCCGGUUGCCGCGACGAGAAACUAGCGUUCAUACUGGACGAGUCCAACGUGCUCGACAGCGGCUUCCUGGAGCGUAUGAAUACGCUGCUCGCCAACGGAGAGGUGCCUGGGUUAUUCGAAGGCGAUGAAUUCGCUGCUCUCAUGACUCAAUGUAAGGAAGGAGCACAAAGAGAAGGUCUAAUGUUGGACUCCAAUGAUGAAUUGUACAAAUGGUUCACCGGUCAAGUUAUGCGCAAUCUACACGUGGUUUUCACCAUGAAUCCAUCGUCGGAAGGUCUCAAAGACCGCGCGGCGACUUCGCCCGCUCUGUUCAAUCGAUGCGUGCUUAAUUGGUUCGGUGACUGGAGCGACGGCGCUCUGUUCCAAGUGGGCAAAGAGUUCACCAGUCGUAUGGACCUCGACUCGGCGGAAUACGUUCCCCCGGAACUGUUUCCGGCGGCGUGCGACAAGGUGGGCUCGCGGCCUUCGCACCGCGAGGCCGUCGUCAACGCGUGCGUGUACGUGCACCAGACACUGCACCAGGCCAACGCGCGCCUGGCCAAGCGAGCCAACCGGACCAUGGCCAUCACGCCCAGACAUUACCUGGACUUUAUCCAGCAAAUGGUGAAACUUUACGCAGAGAAGCGUGCUGAUCUAGAAGAGCAGCAAUUGCACUUAAACGUGGGUCUUGGCAAGAUAGCCGAGACCGUCGAACAGGUUGAGGAAAUGCAGAAGAGUCUCGCUGUUAAAUCACAGGAAUUGCAAGCUAAAAAUGAAGCUGCCAACGCCAAACUUCGGCAAAUGGUAAAAGACCAGCAAGAAGCCGAAAAGAAGAAAGUCGAGAGCCAGGAGAUUCAAGUUGCUCUAGAAAAACAAACCAAGGAAAUAGAAGCGAAACGAAGAGACGUAAUGGAGGACUUAGCGCAAGUAGAGCCUGCUGUUAUCGAAGCACAAAACGCGGUGCGGUCGAUCAAGAAACAGCAGUUGGUAGAGGUGCGAUCGAUGGCCAACCCCCCCUCCGUAGUGAAGAUGGCGCUGGAAUCAAUCUGCACGCUGCUAGGAGAGAAAGGCGACACCUGGAAGGGCAUCCGAUCGGUAGUGAUGAAGGACAACUUCAUAUCGACCAUCGUCAACUUUGAAACUGAGAACAUCACUGACGAUGUACGCGAGAAAAUGAGGACCCGUUACUUAAGCAAUCCGGACUACAACUUCGAGAAAGUAAACCGAGCUAGUAUGGCUUGCGGUCCUAUGGUCAAAUGGGCUAUUGCUCAGAUCGAGUACGCGGACAUGUUGAAACGUGUGGAACCCCUUCGUAAUGAAUUGAAAGCCCUACAAGAUCAGGCUCAACACAACGUGAAGGCUGGCGAUGAGGUCCGCGAUCUGAUUGCUCAAUUAGAAAAAUCCAUCGCCUCUUACAAGGAGGAAUACGCGCAACUUAUCAGCCAAGCACAAGCUAUCAAGACUGACCUUGAGAAUGUGCAAGCUAAGGUCGACAGGUCCAUAGCGUUGCUGAAGAGUUUGGUUAUCGAGCGCGAGCGUUGGGAAUCCAGCUCGGAAACAUUCCGCUCGCAGAUGAGCACCAUCGUCGGAGACGUGCUACUUUCCGCCGCAUUCAUCGCUUACGGUGGAUACUUCGAUCAGCAUUACCGUCAAAACUUAUUCUCAACGUGGACGAAUCACUUGGCCAACGCAAACAUCAAGUACCGCGCGGACAUUGCUCGCACAGAAUACCUGAGCAACCCAGACGAACGUCUACGCUGGCAAGCAAACGCGCUACCGACGGACGAACUAUGCGUCGAGAAUGCUAUCAUGCUUAGGCGCUUCAACCGCUACCCACUGAUCAUCGAUCCCUCGGGGCAAGCCACAGAAUUCAUAAUGCGCGAGUUCAAAGACCGCAAGAUCACCAAGACCUCCUUCCUUGACGACUCCUUCAGGAAGAACUUGGAAUCCGCAUUGCGUUUCGGCAACCCGCUGCUUGUACAAGAUGUGGAGAACUACGAUCCUAUUCUCAACCCCGUGUUGAACCGAGAGCUGCGCCGCACGGGCGGACGCGUUCUGAUAACGUUGGGCGACCAAGACAUCGAUCUCAGCCCUUCAUUCGUCAUAUUCCUCAGCACCAGGGAUCCCACGGUGGAAUUCCCGCCGGAUAUGUGUUCCCGAGUGACGUUCGUUAACUUCACCGUGACUCGAUCGUCCCUGCAGUCGCAGUGUCUGCACCGCGUCCUGAAAGCCGAACGGCCUGACAUUGACACGAAGCGCUCCGACUUGCUCAAACUUCAGGGUGAAUUCCACCUUCGGCUAAGACAGCUCGAAAAGUCUCUCCUGCAAGCAUUGAACGAUGCAAAAGGCAAAAUUCUUGACGACGACUCUGUCAUCGCUACCCUUGAAACACUCAAGAAGGAGGCCGACGAUAUCGGCCAAAAGGUGGAAGAAACCGAUAAAGUUAUCGCUGAAAUAGAAACUGUAAGCCAGCAGUACUUGCCGCUGUCUCAGGCUUGCAGCAGCAUUUACUUCACAAUGGAGUCGCUUAACCAAGUGCACUUCCUGUAUCAGUAUUCGUUGAAAAUGUUCCUGGACAUAUUCAGCUCGGUACUUGUGUGCCCGUUACUUAACGGCGUCACUGAUUACACCGCCCGACUAAAGACUAUCACCGAGGAAUUAUUCACUGCGGUCUACGAACGCGUGGCGCGCGGUAUGCUGCACACAGACAGACUGACAUUCGCCCUACUGCUAUGCCGCAUCCAACUGAAGGGCAUAGGCGCGGCUGAUACGUUGGAGCAACCCUUCGCUGUGUUCCUCCGCGGGAAGGAAGGAUUCGUGUCACACGCGCCUCAAUCUGAUCAACUGUCACCGCAACAGCAAACUGCCGCUGCACGACUCGCCUCCAGACUGGUGGCGUUCCGCCGGCUAUUGGAGAAGGCGGCGGAAUUACCAGAGCUACCGGCGUGGUUAGCUCAAGCGGCGCCCGAACAAUGCGUGCCCACACUGUGGGACUGCGAGGCCUCUGCCCCACCUGCCCCACACACACUGGCAAUGUACCGCCUGCUGCUAAUACAGGCAUUCCGGCCGGACCGCGUGAUCGCAGCAGCCACGCAACUAGUGAGCGCAGUGCUGGGUGCUGGCUUCUUGGCCAAGGCUGAGGUCGAGCUGGACUUGGCUACCAUCACUGAAGCGCAACUAAAUGCGACCACGCCUGCGUUGCUGUGCUCCGUGCCCGGAUAUGACGCCAGCGGGCGUGUGGAUGACAUGGCCACGGAACUGAACAAGCCGCUAUCGAGCAUAGCUAUCGGCUCAGCCGAAGGUUUCAACCAAGCCGAACGCGCCAUCAAUACUGCUUGUAAAACGGGACGAUGGGUGAUGUUAAAGAACGUUCACCUAGCGCCCGUAUGGCUGGUGCAGCUAGAGAAGAAACUACACUCGCUGCAGCCGCAUCCCAGCUUCCGGUUAUUCCUUACUACGGAGAUCAGCCCCAAGCUACCCGUCAAUUUACUACGCGCUGGACGCGUGGUGGUCUUCGAACCGCCGCCCGGCAUAAGGGCAAAUCUGCUCAGGACCUUUGCCACGGUACCGGCUGCACGCAUGAUGAAACCUCCUUCCGAACGCGCCAGACUUUACUUCCUUUUGGCUUGGUUCCAUGGUAUCGUACAAGAAAGGCUACGUUAUGUGCCGCUGGGCUGGGCCAAAUACUACGAAUUCAAUGAGUCGGAUUUGCGUGUCGCCUGUGAUACUCUUGAUACGUGGAUUGAUGCCACCGCUAUGGGCCGUACGAAUCUGCCCCCGGAGAAGGUCCCAUGGGAGGCGCUAGUGACGCUCCUCUCGCAGUGCAUCUACGGCGGUAAGAUCGACAACGCGUUCGACCAACGGCUGCUGCAUUCGUUCCUCUGCAAGAUGUUCACGCCGCGCUCUUUCGAGGCUGACUUCGCGUUGGUAGCUAACGUUGAUGGAUUGGUGCAACAGGCGACCGGCAACCAGCGGCACAUCACCAUGCCGGACGGCAACCGGCGCGACCACUUCCUCAAGUGGAUCGAGGAGCUGUCCGACCGCCAGACGCCGUCGUGGCUCGGAUUGCCCAAUAACGCGGAGAAGGUAUUACUGACAAACCAAGGCAGCGACCUUGUGUCGAAAUUAUUGAAGAUGCAACAGUUGGAAGACGAGGAGGAGCUUGCGUACAACGCCGCUACACAAGACGACCAUUCGAUAGUGGUAGAGGGAGACGGACGACCCGCUUGGAUGAAGACUUUACACCAGACCGCCACCAACUGGCUGCAGCUGCUACCGCAAGAGCUGCCCACGCUGCGUCGCACUGUGGAGAACAUCAAGGACCCGCUGUACCGGUUCUUCGAGCGCGAGGUGGCCGCGGGCGCUUCGUUGCUGCAGCAGGUGCUGCACGACCUGCGCAACGUGCUCUCCAUCUGUCAGGGUGAAAUGAAGCAGACCAACGAGACGCGCGCCAUGGUGGGGUCCCUAGUGCGGGGGAUGCUGCCCAGCAGCUGGCGGCGCUACGCGGUCGCGCGCGGCUGUACCGUGCAGCAGUGGGUGGGGGACUUCGCGCAGCGCGUCACACAGCUGGCCGCCGUGUCGGAGGCAGUGGCCGAGCGCGGCGCCCAGCGGCUACAGGUAUAUAAUACAGCCAACGAGACGCGCGCCAUGGUGGGGUCCCUAGUGCGGGGGAUGCUGCCCAGCAGCUGGCGGCGCUACGCGGUCGCGCGCGGCUGUACCGUGCAGCAGUGGGUGGGGGACUUCGCGCAGCGCGUCACACAGCUGGCCGCCGUGUCGGAGGCAGUAGCCGAGCGCGGCGCCCAGCGGCUACAGGUAUAUAAUACAGCCAACGAGACGCGCGCCAUGGUGGGGUCCCUAGUGCGGGGGAUGCUGCCCAGCAGCUGGCGGCGCUACGCGGUCGCGCGCGGCUGUACCGUGCAGCAGUGGGUGGGGGACUUCGCGCAGCGCGUCACACAGCUGGCCGCCGUGUCGGAGGCAGUGGCCGAGCGCGGCGCCCAGCGGCUGCAGGUAUAUAAUACAGCCAACGAGACGCGCGCCAUGGUGGGGUCCCUAGUGCGGGGGAUGCUGCCCAGCAGCUGGCGGCGCUACGCGGUCGCGCGCGGCUGUACCGUGCAGCAGUGGGUGGGGGACUUCGCGCAGCGCGUCACACAGCUGGCCGCCGUGUCGGAGGCAGUGGCCGGGCGCGGCGCCCAGCGGCUGCAGGUAUAUAAUACAGCCAACGAGACGCGCGCCAUGGUGGGGUCCCUAGUGCGGGGGAUGCUGCCCAGCAGCUGGCGGCGCUACGCGGUCGCGCGCGGCUGUACCGUGCAGCAGUGGGUGGGGGACUUCGCGCAGCGCGUCACACAGCUGGCUGCCGUGUCGGAGGCAGUAGCCGAGCGCGGCGCCCAGCGGCUACAGAGUGUCCCGGUGUGGUUGGGCGGUCUGUUGAACCCAGAGGCGUAUAUUACAGCCACGCGCCAAUGCGUCGCUCAAGCUAAUUCAUGGUCACUCGAGGAGUUGCAUUUGCAAGUGACUAUCCCGGAUCCGGGCACUGCUACUGAGAACGCCCAGUCCGAGUGGUCGUUCUCCGUAACCGGCCUGAAGUUGCAGGGCGCCACAGUACGCGGGAACAGAUUGCUUCUAACCAACACUAUCAUGGUGGAUCUGCCGCUCACCGUGCUCACGUGGCUGCGCGGUCCGGAGCCAGCGUGCGGCGGCCAAACGCUUACUCUGCCCGUGUACUUGAACAGCGCGCGCUCCGAGCUACUGUUCACCGUCAGACUGCCCGUCGCGCCCGGACAAGAGCCGCACGCCUUCUACGAGAGGGGCGUCGCUUUACUCACCUCCACUGCACUCAACUAAUUUCAAAAAUAUUUAUAAUUUAUUUAAUGUAAUGAGAAAAACUCGUAGGCAGUAAGCAUAUUUUAUUGUACACCAAAGUGGUUUCAAAUAUGUAUGUACUUAUGCAAUCAAAGUUUAUAACCAUAAUAAAAUUCUAAUAUUUAACAAUUAGUUUUAUUUCAGGUUGUUCACUAUUAGAUAUGCAGUAGUGGAUAU